AUGGGUUCGCCGAUUUCGGAAUUCAUCUCCGAGGCGGCCCUGCAACGGUUAGAGUCGCUGGUCUUCCAACACCGCAGACCGAUGUUUUGGGAGCGGUAUAUGGAUGAUAUCUUCGUCGUUAUCGACCGGGAUCAACUGCUAACAUUCAAGGAACGUCUGAAUGCGGUCUUCCCGGACAUACAAUUUACGAUGGAGGAGGAAGAGAACAACCAGUGGUCUUCCUGGAUGUCCUCGUAUGCCGCAAAGAUUGUGGUGGACUAA